ACAUCAGAAAAACUCUAAAUCUGAGCUCAGCUCCAAAGUCCCGAGGCUCUGGUUCUCCUUUCUUUAUUUGCAGCAUUGAAAUUCAAAGAAACCAAUCUAUGCAACCUCACUUUCAAAUGGCCACUCAACGGCUACUGUCCCCGAAACCCACUAUCAGAACCCUCACAACCAUCACAAAACCUUCAUUUCACGACCAAACUUGUUCUCACAGACCUCACUCCCUCUCUUCUCCUCCAAACCCUGACCUUAACCAUGGCCUCAGAACCCUCCAAACCGGAGAAGAACCGGCUUCAUCAACACCUCCUCUAUCAGAUUCUUUCUUGUUGGAAAAGAUUGUGUUCAGUUUAAAGCAAGGUAAUCCCAACUCAUUGCGCAAUCAUCUCUUUCGGUUAAACCCUUUGCUUGUAUUUGAAGUUCUUAACCGUUUCCGUGAAAAUUUGCAACUGGGUCAGAGAUUUAUUGAUUUAAUUGUGUUGAAUUGUCCAAAUUUUAGGCAUUCAUCUCAAUCUUUGAGUGCAAUAGUUCACGUUUUGGUGAGUAGCCGGAGGCAAUCGGAUGCGCAAUCUUUCAUUCUUAGAAUGAUUAGGAAGAGUGGCGUGUCAAGGGUUGAGAUUGUUGAAUCUUUGGCAUCUGUAGGUGACAAUUUCGGGUCGAAUUCGUUGGUUUUUGAUUUGUUGAUUAGGACUUACGUGCAAGCUAGGAAGUUAAGGGAGGGGUCGGAGGCGUUUCGGGCGUUGAGAAGUAAAGGGUUUUGUGUUUCUAUCAAUGCUUGUAAUAGUCUUCUAGGUGGGCUUGUGAAGGUAGGGUGGGUUGAUUUGGCAUGGGAGGUAUAUGGGGAAGUUGUUAGGAGUGGGAUUGAUUUGAAUGUCUAUACGCUCAAUAUUAUGGUUAAUGCGCUGUGUAAAGAUCGAAAAAUUGAUAAUGUUAGGUUGUUCUUAUCGGAUAUGGAAGAGAAGGGGGUCUUUCCAGAUAUUGUGACUUACAAUACACUUAUCAGUGGAUAUUGUCGUGAAGGGCUCUUGGAUGAAGCUUUUGAGAUACUGAACUCAAUGUCAGGUAAGGGGUUGAAACCGGGCCUUUUCACUUAUAAUGCUAUCAUCAAUGGUUUGUGUAAGAAGGGAAAGUAUGGAAGAGCAAAGGCAGUCUUGGGUGAAAUGUUGCACAAUGGGGUGAGUCCUGAUACUGCUACUUAUAACACACUGCUUGUAGAGAGUGGUAGGAACGAUAAUAUUUUGGAAGCUGAAGAGAUUUUUAAUGAAAUGUUGCAACAUGGUGUUGUUCCUGAUUUAGUUAGCUUUAGUUCACUUAUUGGGGUUUUUACGAGGAAUGGUCAUCUUGAUCAGGCAAUAGCGCAUUUUAGAAAUAUGAAGAAAACUGGCUUGGUUCCAGAUAAUGUGAUCUAUACUAUUCUUAUAGAUGGGUAUUGUAGAAACGGCAUAAUGUCAGGGGCUUUAAAGAUGCGGGAUGAAAUGCUACAACAUGGUUGUGCUAUGGAUGUGGUUACAUACAACACUAUUUUGAAUGGGUUGUGCAGGGGGAAGAUGCUUACUGAUGCAGAUGAGCUCUUCAAUGAGAUGGUGGAAAAGGGUGUCUUUCCUGAUUUCUGCACUUUCACCACCCUCAUUAAUGGAUAUUGUAAGGAUUGGAAUAUGAAUAAAGCGAUUAGUUUGUUUGAGACAAUGACUCAGAGGAAUCUCAAGCCUGACAUAGUGACAUACAAUACAUUAAUUGAUGGGUUUUGCAAAGUUGGUGAAAUGGAGAAAGCAGAGGAGUUAUGGGGUGAUAUGAUCUCUAGAGGGAUUUCUCCCAAUCACAUUUCGUAUGGUAUUCUCAUUAAUGGGUUUUGUAUUAUGGGAUAUCUAUCUGAGGCUUUCAGGUUGUGGGAUGAGAUGGUUGAAAAAGGUAUCAGACCCUCUCUGGUGACUUGCAACACUAUUAUAAAGGGCUAUUGCCGGUCAGGUAAUGCGUUAGAAGCAGACUACUUCUUGAGCAAGAUGAUGUUGAAAGGAGUUGUUCCUGAUAGCAUUACGUAUAAUACUCUUAUUAAUGGUUAUGUAAAAGAAGAGAUUAUGGACAAAGCUUUUGUUUCGAUUAACAAGAUGGAGAAACAAGGGCUUUUGCCUGACGUUAUUACAUAUAAUGUAGUUUUGAAUGGGUUUUGUAAACAAGGUAGAAUGAAAGACGCUGAACUAUUAUUGCAGAAGAUGAUUGAGAAAGGUGUAAAUCCUGAUAGAUUCACAUACACCUCAUUGAUAAAUGGACAUGUGAGCCAGGACAACCUGAAGGAGGCAUUUCGAUUCCACGAUGAAAUGCUGCAAAGGGGAUUUGUUCCAGAUGAUAAAUUCUAACUGUUUAGCUGUUUGUGUUUGUAGCGACACCGACUUCAUCUGGCUGCAUGCCAGAUAUAUAAUUAUAUUGAUGGUGGGAUUUGUUCUCUUUUUGCAUUCUUCAUUUCUUUUUGGCAAUGUUGUACAUUGAGCUAUCUCAUUGAAGUCUUGUGAUUAUUUACUCUUCUUUAAUGUAUUGGUAUAAGAAGUGUUGGAAGGCUAUAAGAAAGCAGAGAUUGGAAUUAACGGAUAUGGACAUAAUUAAUUGCUUAUGAUGAAGUUUGUCCGACAGGGGACUUUGAAUCAAGGAACGGUGGACUAGAGAGUUUUAACCACUCUUGACUUUCACUCAAUUAUGAAGAUUUGAUAAUCAAGUGACUGUAGAGGCAGGUCCAUGUGGCCUUCUACUCAAUUCAACUCAGCCUUAAUCCAAGCUAAAUUAGGUUUUGCAAUUGUUGUUCCUUCCUCUCUGCUUUGGAACCAGCUCGUGAUCAACUUUUUUUUAUAAGUAAUAACCAGUCUGAUUAAAAGCGUAAAGUGUCCCUAAGUACAUAAGGAGUAUACAAAGGGAUCACCUAACUAGAAAGGAAAAGCAAGCAAGGAAAUCAUCAUAACUAAUCGGCAACAUGAACAAAUGUGUUACAGUCCAAAGAUACAAAGUAUGAAAGCAAGAGGAUAAAAUGUCAUUCAAAGACCUUUCCAAGUCCUCGAAGCACUUAUUAUUCAUUUUCUGCCAGCACCAAAAGAGGCACGUAGGCACCAUCUUCUAGACCGCAGCACUCUCCCACCCCCAGAAGACCACCAACAGGCUAGCAAAUCAAAAACCCGUCUAGGCAUCACAAGAGAUCAAAGCUUUGGUCAGUGAUCUUCUAUAAGAAGCUGAAGCUACCUCAUUGACUCUCUCUUUUUUUUUUUUAAGUUUAAUUUCAAUUUUAAUUCUGAUCCUGUAAUAUGGCUAACUAAAGGUAAUUAUUAUUCAAAUUUUUAUCGGUUUACAGUUUCA